AUGGAGCCGUUCCCAUCUGUAGAAGAUGAAAAUGGUCGCUCUCCUAUCGCUGCUCAAGCAUCAACACCCACCACGCCAACAACCAACAUGGAUCCCUCGACUCCAACCCAGCCUAACAGAACUGCCAACAACCCCCCCAAUGCCUCCUCCUCGACCACUACUCGUCGCCUCCGCAGUGCCUCCCUGAAAUUCCUCGAAUCAAACCCUCCCUCGGGCAUGUGGAUGGCAACUGGGGAUAUCGCUUCUCGCGCUCCAACCCUCAACGAGAUCCGCACAGGCUGCUUCAGUGCUGAUGGCUGGACGGAGGAAGGCCAGUUGGAACGUAGAGGAAGCACGGCCCACGAGAUCCAGCGUCGGAAAUUGUCCAGAGCAAAAACCUUUGGCGCACGCAUUGCUACAUCUACGCAGUUGAAUGCUUUCCAGGAGCACGAACAUGAGGUGGAGCUCCAGCGGUGUUCUACAGAUCCCCUAUGGGGCAGCCGCAGCAAUGAUAAUACGACGGCAAAAACGGAAACGAAGCAAAGGGAUGAGGAUAUAUCAGCCCCAUCCGGCAGACAGCCACAGACAGUAUCUGAAAAAAACGCCAUAAAUGCCAAAUCCGCCCAGGCAGUAAAAACAACCUUGGCUGCUCCCAUCCCCGAUGAAACAGGCACAUAUCCCAACGGCUACCGCUUCCCGCCAAAACACACAUGGACCCAGGCCACAAUAAUCGGCCUCAGGGGCUUUGCCCGCUUCGUAAUCACCCCCUUCGGCUUUCUGGUGACGCUCUACGGCCUCAACAUCGUAGCAUGGGGCGCCAUGAUCUUCUUCCUGCUCCUCAACGUAGCGCCCGCCAUGUGCAACCCAAGUUGCACCGCAGCAGAAUCCGCCCGGCAAAUCUGGAUAGAAAUCGACUCGCAGAUCCUCAACGCGCUGUUCUGCGUCACGGGCUUCGGUCUCAUCCCCUGGCGCUUCAGAGACUUCUAUUACCUCCUCCAAUGGCGAGUGAUGCACAACCAUGACGCCCUGCGCAAGCUCGCCGGUGUCCAUCGGGGCUGGUUCAGACUGGCCGGCAGCGAGAAACUGCCUGGUGAUCUCGGGCCGCCACCCGUUACAUCCACCUCCCCGCCUUCCCCGCCGUCUUCUUCCACCAAGAACAAGAACGGAAACAACAAUUACAACAUGGCAUACCCUUACACAGACGACGAAGAACUAACCCAGCUCCUCCUCCAAAACCCCUCCCUCCCGCUCCCGCCGACCUCCAUCCCCCCAGCACCCCUAACAGGCGCCCGCGCCCCACCCACAAAACCCUUCCUCAUGGACCUCCUCGUCUGGAUGUACGUCAUCAACACAGCCCUGCAAGCCGGCCUCGCGGGGAUCAUGUGGGGGCUGAACAGGUUCACGCGGCCCAGCUGGGCGGUAGGGUUUCUUAUUGCUGCAGGCUGUGUUACUGGGAUGGUUGCGGGUGGGAUUGCGUUUUGGGAGGGGAGGAGGGUUAAGAUGGUUGAGGGGGUUUCGGUUGAGGAGGAGGCGGAGGAGGAUGAGGGCGGAGAUGAUGAAGAGGGGAGAGGAGGGGAAGGCGCAAGGGCGGAGGAAGGGUUGGGGUUGCACCUGGAGCUGACGCGGACGCGGACGCGGACGAAAUCUUGGAAGAGGGCGCAGUGGUAUCGGCGGCUUUGA